AUGGAAACAGUACCACUUGGGUGGACUGUGCACACCUGUGAUCAGAGGGGUGAUCGAGCAGGAUUCUUGAAUAGAGGAGUUGAGGACACGGAUACCAACACUCAUGUCCAUGAUCUGUUUCAUGAAGAUGCACAGGUAGGAUGCUUUCAGAUUGAUAGUGAUGACUGUGGAGGAGAGGACUGUACUGGCAGGUUUCAGGAGGUUUGUGUUGAUAUUGAAGUUUGCAAGCUGUCUACUUUUAACAUUAAAAGAAAACCCUUAGAUACACCACUUGUGUUUGAAGAUUUACUUUGUGUAUUCAAUCAGUGACAUUUGAUCCAAAACAAAUACUGUACUGUAGUACACAUGCAGUUGGCCUAUUUUGCUGCUUUUUCUGCUGUUAGUUUGCAGGGACCUUGUAGAUUUUUGUGAACACAUUCAAUUAUGAUUUAUCUGUGUCAAACUAAAGUGUUUAAAACCACAGUGAUUUCUUUGGUCAGGGCUUUCAGCAGUCCAGCCAGCCAUGGUGGCGGAUCAAACUGUUUGUGUGGGAGCCAGUGCUGUUUGGUACAUGGGAUGGAGUUUUCACCACCUGUAUGAUCAAUAUCUUUGGUGUGGUUCUGUUCCUGCGAACUGGCUACUUAGUGGUUAGUAUGCAACAUAUUUCUCUUUUUUAACCUCAAUUUCCCACUAGCUCUUAUUUCAGGUUCAACUUCUAGAGUCAGGUAUGAUCAAACAACCAACUUGACCCUGGUCUUUCAUUACAGCAAAAUUGCAUACACUGAAAAAAAAAACACUAGAAAAAACUGGUUAUGCACAUUUUUCUCAUGAAUUUUUGGCAAAUAUUAUAAAUUGUGAUAAUCGGGAGACUUAAAUAGAUUACUUUAUACAGUAUAAUGUGGCUACUUGCCAUGUCCAAGAAGAGACUUGUAAUCCUGCUGUGACUGUGUGCAUCAUUGAAAAAGGGAAACACACAAAGAAACAAUUAACCUGAAAUAUCAAUCCAUUUAUUAUCUGAAGUCAUAAAAGAUCUGAAUGUUUUAGUGUAAUAUUUAAAGAUAUAUUGAAGAAAACAAACAAACUGAAAGUUACCAAAAAAAUAGGUUGCAAACUUGAAUAUACAUGAAUAUUUAGUCAUUGGGAGCACUCCAGCAUCCACAUAUUUUAAAUUACAACAUUUUAUAACAAAAAUCUACUACCAUGAUUUGAAAAGUUUGGAUGUUGUAUAAAAUGUUGAUUAAAGUAGAGUCUACCAUUUUUUUUAAUUGAAAAUGGAGCAGAGACAAUGUAUACAAUGUUUAAAGGGGCAAAAAUGAGUUACUCUAAUAAAAAAUCUAUGCUAUAUGUUAUUUUUGAAAUAGUUGGUGACAGCAAAACUCUUAAGAGAAGGUUGUGUGAUGCUAAAAAAGAGACACAUAGGAACAUGUUCCAACUAAUUGGUUAAAUUUUCAGUAAGUUACAACUUUCUUGGAGUUUAACUUCUGCAUAUCUCGUAUGGUCAUCAAUAUAGUCUACAGCUGUUAAUCCAGUUUACUGUGAGUGGUGGAAACUGUGCACUGUUUCCAGAAUAGCUUAUUUUAUAUGAUUAUGUAAAGAUCUUUUAUGGCUUUUUGUAUGCCUGCAAAUGUGUGAAACAGAGAGGACUGCCCACUGUUUGAAAUGACUUUUACGCUACAAUUUCCUCAUAUCUGAGCUCUUUGCACAUCUCUGCUGUCAUUGCUGUCAGCUCUGUUGAAGCUUUUGCUUUGUAUUUUCAGUGCUACAAUCUUAGAUUAAUUGUCACCUUGUCAGUUCUCUUACGCUUUAAUGUGUCAUGUGUCAUAAUACCACACAGAUACAAAGGCCUGAUCAUCUUGAUUGCUGUUUGUUUUGGUUAAGCUUGACUGCAAUAACAUGGUUGGCCUUGUUGGAGACAGGAUUUCCUAUCAGUUCUCUAUGACUUAUCAUGUGAAGGUAAAUCAUAUACAUAUUCCCUGGUUUGAUUGGCCUUUCAAACAAGUUUAUCAUCCUCUUUGUUUUCCUCAAUGGUGUAACUGAUAUAUUCUCAGCUGGCCGUUUCUCCUACAGAAGAUUUGAAUUUCAAUGAGCAUUGGCCAGCAGGUUCUUUAACAUAACACAACAACAUGAUUGAAAUACUGAUAGGAGAGGGAAGGAUGUGCAGACCUAUUAACAGAAAUACAGUUGUGCAAGCAUGUACCCAUGCAUACAGACUCUACAAAGUGUGCAGUGAAUAGUCUACAAAUCAUUAAGUGGGUAACUAUAAUAACACAAAAGGUAUGUGCAGACAUGUUUAGAGUAAAGUGUAUCAUAUUGGUGCAAAUGUACUUCACAGCAGUGGGUAACUUGCAUGCUGCAGAUGGACUAAUUGUUUUUUUACACAUCAUCUUUCAGGGGAACACGGGUGUGCUGCUCGGGAUGUUUCUGGUCUCCUUGGUCGUGCUGGUUGCUCUGGUGACAGUGAUGUCAGGAAUUGGAGUGUGUGAACACUGCGGUGUUGGCAGUGGAGGAAUCUACUCUAUGAUCUCUACAGUCCUGGGUGGUAGAGUGGGGGGCACAGUGGGCCUCCUUUAUGUGUUUGGACAGGUGGGUAGCUAAUCUACACUUCAAGUUUCACUUGGGUGACUGUUGGGUUGGUUAACUGGUGUUUUAGUCUGAGAUUUUUGUUGAUAAUCCACCUGGAUCUGCCUGUUGUCUCACAGUGUGUUGCUGGAGCCAUGUACAUCACAGGUUUUUCUGAGUCUGUGGCGGAGCUCCUGCAUUUACAGAGCCAGUGGGCAGUGCAGGGAAUGUCCAUAGCAGUGCUGCUGGCACUGCUUGGAAUCAACCUGGCUGGAGUCAAGUGGAUCGUCCGACUUCAGCUGCUGCUGCUGGCUGUGCUUGCUGUCUCUACACUGGACUUUGUAAUUGGCACCUUCACCCAUCUUGACCCAGGUAGGACUGGAGGUCAUUGAUGUAGAAAGUAUGGUGAAGAAAGAUAACAUAACAAUGAUAGAGUGAGGGAUUUUACAAAGAAAAGAGGGAGGCAGUAUAUAACCUGAGGAAAGAUGUGAUGUAGUCCACCUGUGGUUAAUGGAUGUCUGUUGGCCCUACUUGGUCAAAUGCUGCUCUGCAGUUUUAAAAAGAGCCCUUAGUAAUAUUAUAGUUUCAACUUGAUCUUUCCCUCUUGUAACGAGGAAAAUGAUUAGAAAACUCUGGAAAAUAAAGAGUACUCUUUAUGUAAAAAACAAACAAACAAACAAACAAACAAAACUUGUCUUGAUCUAGAAAAUAAUAUUUUAACAGGUAGGAAAGAAAAUGAAAUAGGGUUACAUAAUGAGAAUAACUGAAUUCCUCAGGUUUUGGUCAAUAAAAUAAAAUGGUUUUGUUUUGGUGGGUAUGUGUACAAGUAAGUACUGCUUUGAAAGUAGAUGGAAAAACUUUUGAAAUCACAGAAGUGGACUUUGACCUCAGUGGUACGUGUGCAUUACCUAAUCCGGCCACAGGGUGUCCCUGCAACAUCACUCAUGUGGCUUUGUAAUGCAGCUGAGCCUGAAUGUCUGCUGUUCUGUAUGGUUCCUGUGGCAGUCUAUCAACCAUAACUAUCCUUUUCUUGUUUUGUCUUAAUGUUGUUUUUGUCUAAUAGGUUUGCAUAUUUUUUGCUCUAAAUAAGAGUGUUAAUGUUUUUCUCAGGAGUGGUUACAUCGUCAGAAACCUCUGCAGGCUGUUGUUGUCUUCUCUUGCAGUUUAAGCUAAAGCUAAAACUUGUGGCAUGUGUAAAAACAGGGUGUAUUUUAUUCUUUUUGAUGAGGAAAUGUUGCUUUUUUUUUAGUAGAGUAGAUUGUAUUCUUUUGCUGGCCUUCAGGAAGACCUUCCCCACAUUUCCUGUUCUCACUGAUUAUCAACUUCCUGUCCAGAGGGAAGAGAAAAGUACUCCAGAAAUCAAGUCAGGCCUCUAUUUAAAGGCACAAAAACAGUUUUUACAGUUUCCAAAAAACAUAAAGAGACGAUAAUUUUAUACUAAGCGUACACAACAAAACAAGAAAAACUCAUACAUACACAGUGAACCUGCCUAUGUAGAUUUUCAAAGAUGACGCCUCGUGGCCAGUUGUGCCCAGGUGCGACAGAAACAAUAACAGCCUCUAAUCGUAGACCUUUUUAUAGUGCAGGAGUCAGAGAUCAGUUUGCAGAUCCAAAGGAUUAUGAGAGAACCAGCCUUAAUGUCCUCUGCAGGUUUUUCCAAUUAAAAGCUGCUGUGAGGGUUGUGGUGACCUCAUGGUUGGCACGGGACCAGCAGGUCCUCUAACUGGAUGAGACAGACCAAACCUCACAGCACAUCCUGCAAGAAAAGUAGCCACCGCCAAAAUCACGUGGUCACAGAUUCAUUACACAUCGCUUGGCAAAGAUUUUCCUGCGGUUAGCUUCCAGACACCUUGUUGCAUCAUUUCCAUAGCAAAAGGUAUCUGGAUGAUGUAACGUGAUACCCAGGGUUAUUGUGAGUAUAAUAGGCAAACAUCAACAAUCCACACAGAGGGGUUACAUUUCAGGAAUCCUGCUCUGGUAGUCAAAUUGAGAGCUAAAUGCUGGGCUGAUUGACUCAAUAGUCAGAAAGUUUCAGCAGGCUGUGAUACCUCUGUGCUAAACUGUCACACAAUGAAAUAAAUGAAAUAAAAUGUAUUUUUAAUUAUUUAAGUUAAUAUCUAUGGAAUUUUAUUUUAGCUUUUAUUUCUUUAUAUAGUUUUUCUUUCUAUCUGUGUAUAAAGUUUAAUGACUAAUUAGAAAUUUAUUCUCAUUGCCCUGAAGGAAAAUGAUAUAUUUUGUUGUUGUCCAUUCCCCCAGAGAGAUCAUACAUGCUUUUUUACAGAAAAGGACCAGGCCUUUAUGAAUAAGAUUAUUCUACAGAGCAUCAAAGACCAAGAUGAGCAUAAUCAUAUACAUGUAUGGGCUUCUAAUGUAUCUUGACUGUCAUUUGCUGUCACACCACAGCCCUGUAUUAGUUGUUGUCCACUCAAAGUCAAAGAAAUGCUCUGACCUGGUUUUCUCUGUUCUCGGCCACAAGGAUCUGUAAAAGUGAUUGAUUGUGACAGGUCUUUCCUGCAGCACUGUGACAGGUGUAGUUGGAUUCGUAAAAGCAGCAUGUGUGCAGCAUGUUUGACUGCUUUGAGUUGUGAUUUGUGCUUUAUGACCACCAUUAGGAGGCAAAAUCACUUCCCAACAAAGCUUACUGCGAAGACCGUUUUACUGCAGUCGGCUCAAAUCAAAAACCUUCAAAAUGUAGUGCAUCCAUGAAAUACAGUCUGACACGCAUUACUCAAUCCACUUAGCGGCAGCCUAUUCCCCACAGAACAGGAAGCCAUCAUGUGUUUGCUGGGUCUUGGGUUUAGGGUGUUAACCUGACUCACCCACAUUUUUGGUAAAUGACAAAGAGAGAAGGCCGGAACUGAGAUCUGAGGCCUGCUGCUCCUCCAGAGACCACCUCAUGGUCUCUCUGUGUAAUCCACUCUGUAAUAUAUAGUCUCAGUCUUCCCAGAGGGACCUGCUCUACCCCUCUAACAUCACACCUUACUCUGUUCUCUAUGCAUAGCCAUUUGGACCAGUGAGAGUUCGGCCAGACAAAGGGAAAGGCCUGGUGUAACUGGAAUGCAUAGUUCAGCUGUAACAGAUGUAACACUGUGUAAAAUGUGGAGAAAAACAAAGUGUAAUACUCUGCAAAUCAUUUAAAUGCAAUAUUUGAUUUAAGAUGUUGCAAAGAUGACAUAUCAAACAUUUAAAAAAUGUUUUUAUGAGAAGGUUGAUGCAUAUCUUAAAUUUGAUGCCAGCAGCAUGUUUUUAAAAAGAGGUUUAGACUGAGGUGUAUUCAAGAUUGUGUUGCUUAACCUCUUCUUUUAACAAACUGUAGGGAACCAAUGAGACCAAAUCCAACAGAAUUGAAAGUGAAAUUGAAAAAUACAUAAAAAGUGUCUCUUUUUAAUUUCAUGGCACCGCAAAUAUUUUCAGUAGUAACCCUACCCAUCACAGAUGCUGGCUCUUGAUUUGUGUUCUAAUAUCAUGCAGGGUGGUCCUGUUCCUCUUCAGAGUAGGGGACAUAGCAGCCAUGAUUUCCAACAGACUGUCAAAUUUCGAUUUCGCUCCCAUAAUUUUUUCAGUUUGCUUUAGUUCUAUAUUGGCCCGGACUGAGAAGAGUCUUCAGCACCUCUGAUUUGUUGUUUAAGUAUAGUUUCCUUUCUGCAUGGCAAAGUUUAAACCUGUUUAAACCUCAUAGUGCAACGCUAAUAAUACAUUGUUUCUUAGUCUCACUGUGCAGAUUUCUGUUCAACUGUGCAACUCUGUGUGAUAUCCUACGCUACAAACUGAUUUUGCAUAUACUUCCUGCAUUUUAUGUUUGUACAAAUAGCUUAUUUUUCAAACACUCUGCGCUUUGUAAAUAGCUUUUCUUCCAAUAUUCUGCACUUUUUUACUAACCAUUGCAAUAUCUUAUUUAUUAUUAUUUAUAGCUGUUUCUCCUAAUAUUAAUAUUUGUCUUUUCAGCAGGUGUAAUGCUGUGAUGACCGAAUUCCCCCUCAUGUAGAGAUUUCCACUGCAGAGUCAUGCUUGUUUUUAAUGAAGUGCCAAAAGAACACACCUAUCCAGUCGUUAACAGCCUGGUUCCCUUUUCAUAUGGAGACUUUUUCAGAUUUUGUUUAUUACCUGCAGUGAAUGAAAAAUUCCCCAGAGCUUUUGAAAUUUUACAUUCAGGAACCCUAUUUUGAUAGUUUUCUGUCUCAAAGUGCGGGGAACCUUUUUCCAGCUUUACUUCUCAUUUGCUCUCUUUUUUUUUUUUCUUGCACUACAGAACCUAAUCAUAACCUCUUCUAACUUUUUGAAUUGUAUUGCUGGCAUACAAUUUUAAAUGAGAACACGCUUUUUGAUACAACAAUCAAAAUCAAAUCAAAUCAGUGAAAUUUUCAAUUUGUACAUAUUGCUUUUGUACAUUUUUAGUUAAAUAUAUAGUUUAAAUGAAUUGCAGACCCCCAGGACCAUAAAAAAUGAGCAUAUUUGGGGAACUGGAGUUAACAUGUUUGAGUUUUUGUAAUAGCUUUUUUCCUCUGUGUUCAAUAGAUAUCUGGACAUGUUUUAUUUCUUUUCUUUUUUAAUCCAGUGGUAUUGCAGUGCAUGGAUAAUGUAUUUAAAAUAAUCCUAUGUGGAGUUUCUAGAAUGAUGUACUCCUUUGAGAAGGACAUGCAUAAACCAACUUAAACCAAUUUACAGCUGAUCCAUUCAGUGGUCCAAAAGAACUUCAGCAUGACCUCAGUGUGAUGCAAAAUACUGUGGACAAGUAAAAGUUAGUGGAAAUCUUCUUCUACAAAAGUGAAAAAUCUGUCCUAAAUUUUGUGAUCAUUUGAUCAAGGCUGACGUUUUUCCAUGUGGACUAAAGAGGUGGUCUGGCUAACUGACCCACACAGCGAAUCCUAAAUGGCCAUGUUUUUGACUCAGCCAGAGGAAACACCAAAGCGAUAUCAUGGUUUGAUUAGAAACCAAUUAGAGAAGGAAAGUGUCAGCCUCUUGUUAAAACACCAGAGCAGUCACUGACCAGAUCAUUACCAAAACAUCAAUCACUCAGUCUUGCAGAUGAUGCUAUUAAGAAAUGUCAUAACUUUAGUCAAACUGUAGUUCAUUUAUAUCCAUAAUGACACAGUGCACAUUCAUAACUAAUUGUUUUCAAAAGACCCCAUGUAGUGCUGCAGAGCAAAUAAAUAUCAACUUACAUAAAAAUACUGGGUUGUUUCAAUGAAACUCUUAGCUAUAGCCUCCUGUGUGGACACUCCUUGAAUGUAAUCUCGACCGGAGAGCAAACUCUAGCUUUGACCAGUCAGGCAAUAUGUGAGAGAUUGAAUUCUGUAGUUCAGGAGUCAGGAAACUUUUACAUGUUUGACUGUUCAGACUUCUUUGUUUGCAGUUUCUGUCCACGGUCCUUCUGAUCAAAAACAGCAGCAGUGUAUCAAAUUUGUGUCCAUAGAAACAGUUCUUGCCUCAUAAACAUGUGAACGCCCUCACAACUGAAUGCUCUAGAGAGUCCGGCAUGGUUGGAUGUUGGAGUAUGAUGUUGUAACAGGACUGGGGAGCCCGGGGAGCUGACAUGGACACUGACUGCCCUGGAUUUGUUGGAGUCUGAUUGUUUGGACAGAGGGCGGUCUCACUAGGUCAUUGAGUGAACAAGAAUUUAAACUCCUCUUCCAAUUUGUCACUGGUUUCAUAAGACCUGCUAUCAUGGUGAACCCUUGCUCUUAAAAUAUGUGGUCAAUCCAGCCCUUAUGGUUUUGGCUCUCCACUAAAACAAAAGAAAAAUGUGGUGUGCAUUCUCUCUCUCUCUCUGUCUCUCUUUGACUCACUCUCUGUCUCCCUCUCUUGCUCACUCUCAUUCUCUCUCUUGAACUUGGAAGCUGCUGAGCUCCUGAAAAGGGUGGUGACUUCCUUUUGGAUAAACAUGUCAUUAAUCUGAGAGAACACAUUCUUUCCCAUCACAAGAUAACCGACAGAGAAAUGCCCGGUGUCAUAACAUAGGCGGGUCCCUCAGACUGUGGAGUUUCAAUGGACCCCACCAAUGCAGAACAUGGACCAGACUCUCUCUAGACUAACCCAGACUGGACUGACCUGUCCUGACCCUGAUCUGUUGUACUUGAUGACAAAAAAAUGACACUAUCUGAGGGUCUCUGCUUUUUGUAAUGCUGACAAUGGUAGAUGCAGUCAGCUUCUUUCAUUUGAGUUGGAGGGAAAAUACCUUUCUAUUUCUGUGAGGCUGUGAGCAUCCUUGCACUUUUUAACUUCUAAAAACUUAAUUAAAAAAACCUCUGGUACUAAUGAAAUGCUUUUUGCAUUUUCAAAAGUCAUCAUCAAAAGUCAAAACCAUGAAGAUGGUCACUAUUGGUGCAAAAAAGGAAAAGCUUAUGGGAAAAUUCCUGUAAGUUUCAUCAAAUUAAUGGUGAUAUUGUUCUAGCAUAACGAGGAUACACACAGCAAAAGAGCAACCAGCCUGCAGGCUAUAGCCAUAGACUGUAUAUACUAUGGACAACUUGGCUUCACCUUCCAUCAUUACAUGAAUUUGAAGCCAAAUUGCUCUCUGUAUUUCCGGGAUUUUCUCUGCUUCCUGAAACCAACAUUGCGCAGUAGCAUUGUAUGCAUUCGGUGUUAGAGUGGCCAAGGGUCGCUCUGAUAACACUCGGCUCAAACAGUGUACACCCGGGUGAGCUACACAAUCGUCGUACGCCCAUAGGCUAUAUCAAGUGCCAUUCAUAGAAAACAUAAACCCCUUAAUGAAGCAUAGCGGUAGUUCAGGCAGGACACAGAGUCAAGCUAAAGGCUACAGUCAGCUGAUCUUAAGCCAGCUCUCAGUCAGCUGACGGCCCAGGUGAUUACCCUCUACACAUUCUAUAGGUUAAUGUCAAAAUGGCACCCUAUUUCUCCUGCCUACUCUGCCUGCUGUAACCACUCUGCAACCCACCUCCACCCAAGCUUUUUGAGCGGAGAGUCAUCACUCCGAGUCUCCCGCCCAGCCAAAAACGUCUGCGUACAACGCUACUGCGCAGCUCUGGUUUCAAGGAAGUGGAGAAAAACCCGGAAUUACCGAGAGCUUUUUGGCUUCAAAUCAGGCGUAUAAAAAAUAUACAGGCGGAAGGCGGAACCAGGCUGUCCAUCUUAUAUACAGUCUAUGGUAAAAAUGUUUGCUUGUAGUAAAUAAUUAAUUUUGACUAAAGUGGUCCUGACUGAAAUAACUUUUAAAAAUGGAGCUGUUCGGAAAAAAGAGGACUUGAGUACAAACCACUCUUAAAGUAACUACAUGUCAACAUCACAACCAGGGAGGAGAAAUAUGUAUAUUCUGUGUAAUUAAAUUCUAAAGUUUGUCCACAACUCCAUCACGGUUACUGGAGGAGAUGGGAUUUAUAACCUAUACUGCAGCCUGUCACCAGAGGGUGCUGUUCCCAGAGUGGCUUCACCCAGCGAGGAGGCAGACAGCAUCCAUUCUAUAUACAGUCUAUAGCUAUAGCACAACAGAUUCAUGCAGAGUAAAAAAAUAUAUUCUAUAAUAUUACAUUAUUUAUAUAAUAAUAUAAUAUCAUAAUAUAAUAUAUAAUUUAAGAUAAUAUAAUAUAAUACAUGGAAAAAUCAUAUUAUUAUUGAUGUUAUUAUGAUUUUUGUUGUUAUUGAUGUUAUAAUGUAAUGCUUUAGCAAUAUUGUUCAAACUAUCAUGCCAAUAAAGCCUAUUGAAAUUGAAUUGUAAAACCGUAAACUUUGGAUGAAACUGAACAAGUCAUUUUUUUGGUUAAAACAUGAAGAUUUGAAGACACUAGAGAGUGGGCAAAAAAGUAAGAUAAAGGUUAAGUCAUCAGAGAGCAGCCUGUAGACUCAAGAUGAGAUCUGAGGAUGACAUAAAUGGUGCACAAAGUAUGAAGAGCAGUUAGGUUAGUCUUUAACAAUCUGUAAAAGUUUGCAACAGGAUCAGUGUGGUUCUCCUAGCAUUAGGUUUAGAGCUGAUGUUCUCUUUGUGGUUUCCUCCUCCUCACCAGAUCAUGGCUUCAUCGGUUACUCAGCUGUCCUUCUCAGCAGUAACACUAUGCCUGAUUACAGCCCAGAAGAAAACUUUUUCACCAUCUUUGGAGUCUUCUUCCCUGCUGCUACAGGUGAGGUGGCAUCCAUCACCCCUCUCUGAUCACAACUGCAGCUUUAUGACAAGCACACACACACAGCAAAUACUGUUGACAUCUUAUCUCAACAGCCCAGCUCUCCUUUCAUUUAAUGCAGCUAGAUAUGCAGUAAAAACACACGUCAUUGUGCAGUUUUGUUGUGUACAUUUUUGCCAUUGUGCAGUUUGUUGUGUACAUUUUUAUGGUUUGUGUGUGUGUGAAUGUGAACAUAGGGGUCAUGGCAGGCUUUAACAUGAGUCCAGAUCUGCAGCGGCCUGAACACAACAUCCCUGCGGGAACUCUGGCAGCUGUCUUCACAUCGUAUGGCGACACCCCAACACACUCACACACACACACAUUCAAGUACAUAACACAACUUGAUUUCAGAGACAGUAAAAAAAUUGCCAGCUGCCUUCAUUUCUGUCAGGAGGAUGUAAAAACUGUGAAGACAGACUUAUUUCAAACAUAAACUGCCCUAACCAACGCUCAGACUUCUGGUUUUAACAUGUCAUAAAAUAAGAGCUGAUUAACAGCUUUCUUCCAAAAUAUCAUUUUUUAUUGGAAAUGAUUUGUAAACACCGAGCUACAAGGGUAGUUUUAGAUAAAAUACCCCCAAGUCUCUCUGUGGAGGUGUGAAUCAUCCAAAAGGUGUUUGUUUUGGUGUGGCUCUGGUGGUCAGAUCUGUGCUCUCCCUCCAAAAAGGAACUCUUUUCCACCUCUACCCUCUUCUGACUCUAUCUGGCACUCACUUGUGGAGCUGCACUAUGACACGUUUUUCCUAUUAAUAGUGCUAAAGCAGCAGUCCAUAACUCUGAGUGCUGUACUGUUGGUGACCCUCAGGUGGUUCCUGUAUCUGGUCUUUGUCUUCCUCCUGGGGGCCAUCUGCACCAGAGAAGUUCUGCGCUCUGAUUUCUUGAUUGCAGAAAAGGUAAACUCAUUUGGCCCUGUUGGACAGUGGGGUUAAGGGGACAGAAUUCUUUGAAUUCAGUCUAUUGCUAUGAUGUGGAUCAUUUCAGUUUCGGCUAUAUAUUUGUCCCCUUGAGUUGUUUUGUUACUUGAAUGGAAAUACUGACAACUGUCUUUAAGACCCUCAGAUAGUUGACAGAUGUGUCAGAGGUUGGAAAAUACUCAGACUCUCAAUAUUUUCAAUACUGUUGAGACUUUGGGGAUUUGAUCAUCGACAGUGCAUAACACAAAAAGACCCUGGAGCAAAGGAGAAACCUCUUUCAACACCAAAAACCAAUACUGCAUAAAUUUAAGCCCCUCAGCCAGCACUGCAUUAAAAACACACAUUAGUCUGGAGUGGGAAUCACGGCAUAGGCUCAAAAUCACUUACAAAACCAGCCUAGAAAUACAGUUUGUCACUGCAUCCACAUAUGCAGGUUAAAACUGUACCAUGCAAAGAGAAAACCACAAAAAGACAGGAUUUAGAAGUGCUGCUCCUCUAGGCCAUUUGAGGUGUUGUGAGCUGUGCUGAUGAGUCAAAAUUUCACAUCUGUUUUGGACAUCAAGGACACUCCUUACCUCUACUCUAAAGAGUAGGGGGGCCACUCAGCUUGUGACAAGGACACAACUUCAAACAAUUAAUGCUGAACAAUAUACGCAGGUUUUGGAGAGACAUAUUCUGUUAGCUGUACAGUGGCUUUUCCAAGGCAGACCCUCAGCAAGACAAUGCCACAUCGCAUUUAAAAUUUACAAUCAAAUGUAGUGUCUAAGUCAUCUGCAAACCGUCAAAUUGUUAAAUUAUUAACAUUUUAACACCUUGAGCGGCUCUGCUUUUUUGAACUGGGGCUGUGCUUGUACAUAUGCCGAAGUAAUACCUUCUAGUCUGUGCACGUGUUACUCUACUACAGGGCUAGUCAGGUUAAACAGAUAAUAUUACAACUGUUUCACUCUGAAUUUAAAGAUCUGUGUGAUGGAGGUUUGAUAUCUACCCUUGAAUAUAUGACCACAUUGACUCUGUAUGGACAGUUGAGGUGAGGAAGACUCAAUCUUAUCUCUCUCUUAAGUUCAGAUUACUUCCCCCACAAAUGCAUUAAAUACACAGUGUUUCAAGGAUUGCUGUCUUUACAGUUCAAGUCAGUGAUUGCAUGGUUGCUGCACAGUUGUCCAUUUAUUUUAAGGACAGCUUUAGCCCAAAUUGUUCUUGGUAUACUAGCACAACAAACUCAUAAAUAACUCUCUUCUUACUUUGAUAGGUUCAUAAUUACUAAUUAGAGCCGGCUUUCAGAAUCCUUGACUUGUUCAUCAAUGCUUUGCUCUCAUUGUUUUCAUAUGGGGCUGGCUGCAGCGGAACUGGACUGGGUGUAGCUGUUGUGAGCUUGCAACCCCACCCCAUCCCUUUCCACCCACUGUUUGUUUUCCUUCUUCCUCCAGGUCUCCUUGGUGGGUUUCCUCUUUCUGCUGGGCCUCUACAUCUCCUCCCUGGCUUCCUGCAUGGGCGGCCUGUACGGAGCACCCAGGAUCCUCCAGUGCAUCGCUCAGGAGAGGGUUGUUCCUGCUCUGGCCUUUCUUGGAGAAGGGGUGGGUGAAUUAAUGAUAGGUGGAUGAAGGGAUUGAGCCAUAAAGGGAGGGAUGUCUGGACCUUGACAGUGUCCUGAAAAAUAUCAUCUUGAGUCUCUUUAAUGUGAACACAGUGUGUUUGUUGAGGGUGUGUGCUCAAACAUGAGUGAUUUUAUGGACAUGCAGACUGAUUGUUUGUACUUUGUGUGUUUAAACGGUGUCAUUAAUUUCAUAUCUGUGUAUAUGCAAUUAAGUGAUGAUCACAGUAUCUGAGUCUGGUAGAACCACCACUAGUGAUAAUGAUAGAGUGAUCCUGUACUCUCACUAUUUAUCAUUGUUGUACAAACUCAUAAUUACACCUUUAUGAAUCUGCUUUCAGCUCAAUACAUCAAAUCACUGCGUUUUCACUGGACUGUUGGAAAAUCUCUUAACUUAGAGUAAUUAGUCUCUGGGUACCUUGAGUAAUGGGUGUACUCUGACCUGAUACAUAUAGUGAUGCCUUUUAUCUGUGUGGUCGGAUGUAUAUAGUGGACCUGAAAGGAAACAGUGACAGGACUUCUUAACAAUUGAGUGCAGAUUCCACUUCAUAGAGGUGAGUGGAUUGACUGCACUGUGGCAUAAGGACUUCUACUUACAACAGCUACAACAGCACGUACACACAUAUCCGCAUACAGUCAUAUUGUUAUCCUAAUCCAGUACAGCCCCAGUUUUCCUCAGACUACCCUGGAUGGCAGCAACGUCUGACCUCUCUCAGCGGCCUGGAAUGAGGCCCUAGACAUCUUGGCCCAAAUCAAAGCUUCAGAACAAACGCAGGAAGGGCGACAGGCAGGGUGCAGCUCCACUGUGUGCUCUGGAGGCCUGCCAGGCACACAUCAGCACUCCUUAAACUGUGUGAUAGAACCUGGGAAGUGAAAGCAAGCUUGCUAAUGAACCAUAUGUUAAAACACUGAAUCCAUUUUGGGAAAAAAGGUUGUUACUGGGAAGCUCUGUUGGCUUCUUAUUAUGAUUCAUUUAGAUCACCAGAUUGAGCUUCUUAAUUGUCCUCCUGAAAUUAUAGUACUUCUUGUGUGUCAGAAAACAAAUUUUAUGUUUAAACAAGUCCUAACCUCCUCAAAAAAGAAACAAGCAAUUAUUUUAAAUGGAUAUUGCUUGUUGUAGGAGUGUAGACAAGAAACACUGAACCGCAACUUUGAACAGUUGAAGUCACUGAGAUUAUGUGUUAUAAACAGCUAUGAACAAAUAUUGGAUAGUGUGAUUUUGAGGGUUCAUAUAGCACUGCAUUAAAACAGAUAUAACUCUGUAGUAGUGAUCACUACACAGGCUCAACAUCACUACAGAGGGUAGGGACAACCAGCUUGUCAUCAAUAGACUGAUUAGAAGCCAGUGUAGUUGAUGGUAUGAGAUACAAAAGCACCCACAGCAUGGGUGACUUACACAGCUUGAGAAGGCACCACUGAUGCUGAACAACAAAUUAAGUUCUCCAGCAACACAUGCCAUCCAUCCAUCAUGAGUUUGUAGAUUAGAUCUUGUGUUUUGUGGUAAGAUGAUGCCAAACCGCAUUUUGCAUAAAGCCAAGGUGCUAAACUGCCUGCCUGUAGUGCAGACUUGUCACCCAUUUAAAAUACUGGUGCAUCACAAACACAACGAAGGAGUCCCAGAACUGUUGAGCAAACAAAAGGGGAUUUAUAAAAUGUACAAACUGUCCAAAUCUGUUUUAUCACUGUUUUAUGCAGCAUCUGAACUUUUUUUGAUAUUGGGGUUGGAAUUAUCUGCAUUUUCAAAUCGAGCUUGAAGUUACAAAAAAGAAAAAAAAAAAGAUUAAAAAACUUUGACGGUCAAUUUCUUAUUAAUUUACAGCUAAGAAAGACCACUUUAAAGCCAGAUGAAUCUCCAGUUAUGUACAUCUUAAUGUGUUGUUUUCUUAAUUCACCAGUAUCUCUUAAUUUUUUUCCAGCAGUAUCAUUCCACUGUCACCUUUGGCCACCACUAUAUUAUUAACCUGCCUUCUCAAACCUCUCUCACAGAAAGGCCCCAACAAGACGCCUGUGGCAGCUAUUUGUCUGACCAGCUUACUGACCAUGUCCUUCAUCUUCAUUGGCCAGGUCAACGUGCUGGCCCCCAUAGUCAGUAUCAACUUUAUGCUUACAUACAGCUUCAUCGACCUCUCCUACUUCAGUGUGGCCAUGACCUUCCAGCUGCAGACCAAAGGGAAAAGAUACUCUCUCAUCCCCAAACACAGAACCCAGCACAGAUCCACCAGGCUGAUCCCCACGCCCCUGAUUGGUAACACUCCCCCCAACUAUGGGAGUGGAGGUGGGAAUCUGCAGGGGAAAGGGACUCUGCUUGAGUUCACCAAAGACAUGGAUCAGAUAUUCCCCCCGCUAUCAAAUAUUGAGGCUGGAGCAGGGAGGACUUUCUCAAAGCAGAAGUUGAACAGGACAGAUAAGUGUAGAAAUGUUAAUGUGACAACCAAGCAGAAGCUGAUGGACAGCUUUGGCUUUAAUGACAAUGCCAAUGUGAUCUCAAAUGAGAAAGAGGAGGAGAUGAGCUCAGCUUCAACAUGGGAAGAAGCUGAGGUGUUGGGUGGAGGCACAGGGACAAGGAGUGGGGAUGAACAGGAAGACAAAUGUUCAAGAAUGCAUCAUGUGGAGCAAAAUCCCUCUGUGGACCCUCACAUACAAAGUGCAGGUGAUUAGCCCUGACUAACAGAGACCGGACUUUAUCACAUAUCAGAGAGAUGAGUUCAACUUUGUUUGGAUUGAUGACUGUUUUAAUUAUGUCUUUCAGAAAGAGGUGAGAACACACAGCACCAGUUCAUUGAAAUAAAACGGAUGCAGGACUCAGUCUAUUCAAAGUUCUGCAACCACUGGGUUGCUCUUCUAGGGGUAGGUUUAAACAUACUUAAUUCCUUUUUUCAUCUAAUGGCUAUUUUUUUAUUCAGUGAGUAGAGUUUGGUUAAUAAUGUUAAUCUUUCAUAUGUUUUCUUCCAGGCUUUAACCUCCAUAUUGAUUAUGUUUGUUAUUCAGUGGGUCUAUGCCUUAGCAAACAUAGUUGUUGCCUUGCUGCUCUUCCUUUACAUUGGGAAAACAAGUCCAGGACUGCCUCGAGGUGAUUCUCAGAUAUUUGUUGCCCGACUUCAUGGUUUUGCUCUCUAAGGAUGUCCUGAAAUCUGCUACAGAUAUGAAACUGCAUUUCAGAAAGCUCAUAACUAGAUAAUAAUGUAUUGUUGUUUUCAUUUGUCUCAGUCCAUCUCUCUGUUUCUGCAUCUCCAUCCAUCUCGCUUUCCAAGCCCAUAGCAGAUGGCUGUUCAUCAUGAGUCUGGUUCUGCUCAGGAUUUGUGUUCAUCAGAGCAAGUUUUCCCUUGUCACUGUGUAACAAGCUCAGUGCUGCACACAGCUUUGCUCACAGUGGAUUAAGAAGAGACUAAAUCUUAUCCUAACUUGAUGUUGGGUCUUAGUAAAUAGAAAAUAAAGAUCCUGUCUUUGUUCUGAGAUAAAAAUUGGUUAUGAAUUGAUGCUAUAUAGAUGAAGAUUGAUAAAAUAUUGCAGUUAUAUAAAAUAAGACUGUAAAUACACAGUUUUAUGUGUUUUUCCUAGCGACCAUUUGUACCUGUGCAGCAUUUUUCAGAUGUGUCAGGAAUUGAUUGUUCUAUAGGUGUGAAGCGUUUUCGCAUUUAGCUUAGCUUUUCCCUUUCCAUGCAUCUCUAAAUGCUCUUUGCAGACAUUUCCUGCAUUUGUUAAUUACAUGCAGAUCUGAAUCCAGUUUUUCAGCUCAAAUUUAGUACAUCCACCCAUCCAUCCAACCUUUCCACACCGCUGAUCAGAGCCUAGUUGCAGUGGAAGCACACUUUUUUAUUUUAUUUUUUAAUUUUGAUACUGUAUGAUGAAAGACUAUGAUUUCAUAUAUUUUCAACUCAAGGCAUUGUGAACCUUUAGAAGUAAAUAUUUUAACUGACGAAUAUUUUUUUCUAGCUUGAGAUAAUUGAGAAUUUUCCAUUUGGUGCUACAAAAGCACUCAGGAUUUGCACUCUGUGCAGAGUGAGCAGAUUUGCUCACCCCCGUGCUCAGUUGUUAUGGGACGCUGAUAUUGCACUCCAGCACACUGUUGGGAGUUUCACUAGUGGUCAUUUUGAAUUCCAGGCUGGCAGCUGCUGUGGUUUGCUCGCCACAUUGCUGCGUGCCUGAGCUGUCUGACUCACAACAUUUGUAAGCAUGAGCCAUGCAAGUGUUCAACACUUGCCCCACAGGUGGUCCAAGUGAUCUUUUGUGUUUCUCCUCACUUACUCAGUAAAACAACUUCAAUAAUGUAAGAAGAUGAACAAAUUUUCCCAUGAAGUGAAUUUUUAGGUAACAGUUUAUGCUUUUGAUUUAUUUGCAGGUAUUGUAUCCCAAUUCAGCUUUUGCACAUUGCUCAAAUCAACACUGAAAAGCAUUUGCAGGUAGUGUAUGGUCAAUUUUCUGUUAUAAUGGUUUAAUGGUUGCCAUAUAAAUAAAUCCCAAAACAUGAAUAAUAAAUCUCUGUUUUUUUUAUAGUAGACAAUUCACUUAUUUUUUCUCUACUGUGAACUGAUCUACCAGGGGCAAAGGAUCCGUUCAGGAGGAGGUAGUGAUCACACCCUCUCUAUUCAGGGUUGGUCUGAAAACCAAGCAGCUGACUGAGGAAAACGCUGACUUUGCCUCUCGUCACCGACAUCACCAGUCUUCAUUUAUCAAGGCCGAGGAGAUGGUGCAACCAGCUCUUCACUGA